AUGUGCUACCCUGAGAGUCUGGACGUGAGCAGAUGCCUGUCUCGGCAGGACGGAGGACCGGCUGCUUACAGACUCUACGCAGUGCUGGUCCAUGUUGGGUGGACUUGCCACACGGGCCACUACCUCUCUUACGUCAAGGCUGGCAACGGCAAGUGGUACCGAAUGGACGAUGCCGAGGUCUCGGCAUGCGAUGUGACUUGUGUGCUGAGCCAACAAGCCUACGCCCUGUUUUACAUCCACCAGAGCGAGUUGGUCAGAGGGAGUGGGGGUGUGGCACGGGGCGGCGCAUCAGGAGGCCACGGGAUGGAGGCCGCGGACGAGGGGCCUAGGCCAGGGGUGCCCGAAGGGGACGCCAAAGUCAACGUUGUAGCCGCGGACGAGGAGCAACUGGGAGGACCAGCCAGCCGACAAAUGACCUUGGAGGAGUGGAAAAUCCUCCAAGCGCGAGACCGACUGAAGCCCCAGUUCAACAUCAGGGUAGUAGAGAGUGCACUGCCUUCCAACGCAGUGGUCAUUCACAAGCCGAAACCCAGGAGUGGGGUGGCAAAGGAUCACGGGGAGCAAGAAGGCCACCGCCUGAAGGAUCCGGCCAGGGACAUCCCCGCUCGGGUGGCCAUCCACUGUGGCAAUGACGUCUUCCCACGCAGGGAUGUCAGAGGUAGCAAGAAGAAGAGGAAGAAGAGAGGGAAGGCCAUGGAGGCGCCUUCUCUCCACGGCGGAGGUCAGGGUCAGUUGGCCGUCUCUCCCAAACCCAGCACUUCCUGCCUCCCGGCAGCCGGUCCUGAAAGGCACUGCUCUCCCUCUCUGGCUCACCAGCCCUGGCGGACAUCCCAGAAGCAGAGCGCCUGCCGCGACGACGGGGUGCUUGCUCCCCAUUUGACACUCGCCUCGACUUGGAGCAGGUCUUCCGGGGUCGGGGCAGGGCUCCGCAACAUGGGGGACACCUGCUACGUGAACGCGGCGCUGCAGUGUCUGACGUACACGCCGCCCCUCGCCGACUACAUGCUGUCCCGGGAGCACGCCGCAAGCUGUGGGCAGCAGGGCUACUGCGUGCUGUGUGCAAUGCAGGAUCACAUCACCCGAGCCCUCAGCCAUCCAGGUGACGUCAUGGAGCCCUCACACGCGCUGGCUAGAGGCCUCCAUAGACACCAACAGGAAGACGCCCAUGAAUUUCUCAUGUCCACUCUGGACGCCGUGCAGAAAGCCUGCCUGCGGAGCCACAGGCACUUGCGCGGCCUCUCCGAAGACACCACCCUGAUCCGCCGAAUCUUUGGCGGCUACUGGAGGUCUCGAAUCCAGUGUCGCCACUGCCAGGGAGUGUCAGACACCUUCGACCCUUACCUGGACAUCACCCUGGAUAUCCAGGCAGCUCAGAGUGUGAACCAAGCUUUGGAACAGCUGGUCACGGCCGAAGAGCUGGAUGGUGAAAAUUCCUAUCAGUGUAGGAUUUGUCAGAGGAAGAUGCCCGCUUCCAAGACGCUGACUUUGCACACUUGCCCCGAGGCCCUCGUCCUUGUACUGAAACGCUUCUCAGACCUGAGCGGUGACAAAAAUGCUAAGCAGGUGCGCUACCCUGCGAGUCUGGACGUGAGCAGAUGCCUGUCUCGGCAGGACGGAGGACCGGCUGCUUACAGACUCUACGCAGUGCUGGUCCAUGUUGGGUGGACUUGCCACACGGGCCACUACCUCUCUUACGUCAAGGCUGGCAACGGCAAGUGGUACCGAAUGGACGAUGCCGAGGUCUCGGCAUGCUAUGUGACUUGUGUGCUGAGCCAACAAGCCUACGCCCUGUUUUACAUCCACCAGAGCGAGUUGGUCAGAGGGAGUGGGGGUGUGGCACGGGGCGGCGCAUCAGGAGGCCACGGGAUGGAGGCCGCGGACGAGGGGCCUAGGCCAGGGGUGCCCGAAGGGGACGCCAAAGUCAACGUUGUAGCCGCGGACGAGGAACAACUGGGAGGACCAGCCAGCCGACAAAUGACCUUGGAGGAGUGGAAAAUCCUCCAAGCGCGAGACCGACUGAAGCCCCAGUUCAACAUCAGGGUAGUAGAGAGUGCACUGCCUUCCAACGCAGUGGUCAUUCACAAGCCGAAACCCAGGAGUGGGGUGGCAAAGGAUCACGGGGAGCAAGAAGGCCACCGCCUGAAGGAUCCGGCCAGGGACAUCCCCGCUCGGGUGGCCAUCCACUGUGGCAAUGACGUCUUCCCACGCAGGGAUGUCAGAGGUAGCAAGAAGAAGAGGAAGAAGAGAGGGAAGGGUACCUGGUCACUCGAUGGAUUCCAGUAG